AUGGAUGAAAUACACAAGCUCACUUCUCCAGAAAGGAUCCAGCUGUUGGAGAAAGAACUGGCGGUGCGACUGGCCCAACUGAAGUAGGAGCUAGAAGCGCAAGCGCCUCUCCAGGGAACAGCUAACAGAACAUCCAGCUCUAUUCAAAUACCAAAGGACAUUUCUUACUUUAGAAGAGAAUGGGAACUAACACUAAGAAACAUCCUACAUGUGAUGGCCAAGGCCAAGACUCUUGUUAUUCAGACAAAUGACCUGUAGAGGGAGCUAGAGAGCUGCCUAAGAAGAGAGUGCACGCAGGAAAACCUACCUCUGCUUCUGUUGCAGCAUUACACAUAGAAGAUCGCCCAGCUGGCUCAGAGUGCACACUUACACAUGCUGAGGUGGAAGAAGUUUUGCUGGGACAGUCAGAUCAUGGAGCAGCUUUAUCCUCUCUAUAAGAAACAAGUGGGCUACAUUACGCAGGAGUACCAUGAUGCCGUUCAGAGAGCUGAGAGAUUGUCUGUGGCUCGAGAAAACUUCCUCUUGGGCAGACCCAACCCUCCUCUGUUAGUAAUGCAGGAAGACUUAACCAUCUACACACGGUGGCUCGUGUGCCACUUGCACUCUCUGCGGACAGUCCACUACCACCUGCAGGCAUGUGGAAGCCAAGUGCCCGCCCUGGGAAGCAGGCCGGUGAGAAUGGAGCCUGCUGGUGCCCAGCCCCAACACACAGUAGAAGCAGGAGCCCUGAAGCCUCAGCUGAGAAACCUGCUCGCCCAUUUCCACAUCCCCUGUGACGUGGAGGAGCUCGGGGAUGCUGCAAAGAAAAUGCAACUGUUUUCCUUGGUUUCCCACAAAUUUCCAAACAUCUUCAUGGAACAACAGAGAAUGCAAACGUUUCCAGACUAUGAGGCUCAUAGAGUGACUGCAGAGAUUGGUCUGGCGGCACCUGCUUUGGCCUUAAAAAAGAAAGCCAACUGGAUUCCCUUUGUAAAGAUCAAGCUGAAAUGUGAUCCUUGGCAAAAGAAACUUCUGAUGCAACUAAGAGAGCAGAGAAAAACGGAUGUAUUAAUGCAGCUGCAAGCCAAGUUUCUGAAGAUUUCUGACCCUGAGCGAGUAAUGCAGGUGCUCCACAAUCAUGCUGCAAAGACCAUCAUGCUGAUUCCACACUACCCAACUUUCGUGACUUCCCAGGGUUUGCCUCAGUGCAGCUAUGAUCAAAUCUGGGAGAAUAUGUACAGCAACAUCAGCCUCUACCAGAGGAAAGAUCUUUAUUAUAUUUUUCCUGCCUACCCAAGAUACGACUAUGCCAAGACCUUACAACUGCUGGGUUUGGAUGACGGGGCUGAGCCCAGUGGUGGGAAAUCCAUCCUGAUGAGAGGGGCCUACUUGUCUUUUCUGUACCUGCACCACCUGCGGAUCAGGGAGCUGCAGCGCAUCUGUUUAGGAGUCCUGAACUACUUCAGAUCUUUUGAGCGAACCCUGACCAUCAACACUGCAGGUCUUACUGUGGUUUCAGGGCUCAUGGUCCCCUCCAUGGAAGAUAGCUCCUUUGUAAAGAUAUCCAAUGGAGGUUUGGGCCCGUUGCAUGGCCUGAGAACUCACCACUAUGUCCACAGGUCAUCUGCUGAGCACAAGGGCCCUAGCACCCCAUUCCUGGAAUUCUCAGAUGUGGAGAACCAGGAAGACUACUACAGCACAGUGGCUGGCUACAUCCACAGCCAGGACCAACACGGUGUGUAUGUGAUGUAAGACCAGGCCCUGAGCGACCUGCAGGGACUGGAGGCUGAGCUCCUGCUUGUGGCCAGCUACUACAUCCAGAAAGGAACAGGUGAAAAAAACCAUGGAGGUUUCUGUGAGGCUGAAAGUGCCCAGCCCCAGGGAUGAUCCUACAUGAGUGUGGACAGCUUUGCUGUGCUAUAUCACCUGUGGUCUUGGGAAGCAACUCUUCUACAGAACAGGCACCAGCUUCUUGAUUGCUACUUUGAAGCCUACCAGCACACCUUGGACUGUCGCCAGAGGUUUGCCUUAGCUCAAGUGAUGAUGGACAUUAUGCACUAUCACCCCAGGUUUGAUCUUGGCCACCUGUAUUUCAUUAAGGCCUACCAGGAUGAAUGCACCUGCCUGAGGCUUCACCGGCAACUUAUGACAGGCAUGCUUAACCAGCACAUGGAGCAUCAGCGUGACUAUGUCCAGAGGCUUUGGCGAGAAGAUCAUCUGGAUGAUAAGAGCAAACUCGGCCUUCCCCUCAAUAUCAUUUGCAAGCAAUUGAUUUGCAUCAACAAUAGCUGCCCAGGUUUGCAAAACAUUUACCUGCUGGAGUUCUACCCUUCCCUUGGCCUGGCCGCAUGCAUCCCCAAAGCCCUGGAUCACCUCCUCCUGGAAGCCCACCAUGCCUGUGGACCCCCAUCAGCCAGCAGCUUGGCCCUGCUGGAGCAAUGCAUCCUGCGGCUGGCACUGGACUUGUGCCUCUCCCCAACCCAGCCUGAGACUUGGUACAGUGCGCGACUCCAGACAGACCUGUUUUCGGCUAAAGUGAUGGGCGACCCCCGGCUGGUGGAAGAGAUAGGCUUGCUGGCCCUGCAGUCUGCAGCAGCAGCAGCAGAGGAACACGUUCAAGGGCAAGGGGCUCCUGGGCUGCUAUUAGACACGUUCGUCAGACUGUUGGAACUCCUGACCCUCCGCCACCGGCUGAUUGAGAUGAGCAUGGCAAGUGCGUACUUAGCUAGGCUCUAUAAGGAGUUGGUACAGGGAAUGGUUUUUGGAGAGUUCCAUUUGUAUCUGAGGCCUGUUGCAUUCAAAUCCGUAUCACAUUGGGAUAAGGUAGACCAAUCACCACCUGUCCUUAUAACCUCCAUGCUGGAAGACACUGGUCACAUGUCACUGUAUUCCUCUCCUGCUCUCAUCUUAGCCAUCUCCGAGGUGGAUGACAACCAAGUUGGCAAAUUUAGUUUUUAUAUGAAGGAAACCAUCCUUCAGCUCUUGCUUCAUUCUGGAGUGGAAAAUUUGCAAGUGACCCUUGCGUGCCAAACUGCUCAGAAAAAUGCUCUGAUGGUGGCCGUCUGGCAGGUGUUCUUCUACCAUACCCCUCGGGGGAGCUGGAAGAUGCAGAAGCCUCAGGAAAGAAGUUCAGAUCUGCAGAAUCCUGGUGGAAUAGGUCAAUCCAGAAGAAGAAAUUCUAGAAUUGUUAAUGACAUGGAAAGUCCGUUGAUACCUCCAACCCCAAAAGCCCCAGAUGCACCCACUCAUUCUUCAGAAACAUUCCAGACUUCCAAAAGAGUUCCUGAGGCUUUUGUGUCAAUUCAACUGGAAAAGGCAGGACUGUGGGACAUGAUGCUGAAUGACUUCCUCCUUAGGAAACAGACUCUGGCCAAUAAGAUGGAGAACCCUGAUGAAAUUGGAAAAGUCAAGAGGGAUCUUAUAGUUGAGUAUUGUCAGAAGUUGAACCGCCGCAUGUCUCACUAUGCUCUCCGGGGUCAGAUCAUGGCAUAGUGCAACAGCCUGAGAGCACUGCUGGAUGAGUUCCCGACCAUCAGGUACACCUUCUUCAUGAUGGGAUAGCUGCAGGAGAAGAAAGGGCCGAGGGACUCCCAGGAAGGCCUCAAGGCUGACCCCAGCCGGAGUUUCCAACCCUGGCCCUGGGGUUUGCUGUCUCCUGAUGGAAAAUUAUUCCUCAAUUUGUGGUUCCUAGUGCACCCUUCUGAAGUGCUGGUUAUGUUUAGAACUCUGCCAGAAAAGGCAGCCUUCAGAGCCUUACGGCUAACUCUACAGCUGGUGGCUUCUCUGCAUGACAUUGUGGCCUACCUUUUCAAUUUCGCUAAACUGGGCAACUGUCCAACUUCUUUUGAGCUUCCUCUGAGUCCAAGCCCUUGGAGAGGUGACUGGGGAGGACUGGAGGGCAUUGGGUCUGAGCUGUGGGAGCUGCAGAAAAUGAUUGACAGCCUCCAGAGCCCCCAGGACCCGGUCCAUGUUUCCCAGGCCCUGCUCCUCCGGAGGGAGAUCCUAUUGCUGCAGUUUGAUGCUGCCAUGCGGCACCGCAUCCGAAACACAUUUUUGGCAGCUGGAAAUCUGCCUGCCUACCAGUCCGUCACAGCUGGCCUGCACCAUGGGCUGCCGCCCCUGAGCAGCUCUCUCACAAGGAGCAUCUUCACUUCCCAGCUUGGUCUGCCCCCACCCCUGGAUCCCCGGAGCCCCCAGGCAGCUAUACUAUUCCCCUGGAGAACAUUUCUUGAAGACGGAGGACCAUUCCCAGUUAUGAGCAGCAGCCCAAAUACCCUAGAGUACAACAUGCAGCUGUGCCUCUGUGGGCUGAGUGACAGGGACCGCAAGGUAGCUUGCCGAGAGCUGGUGGGCGUGUAGCUCCUCCUGGAAGAUGUGCUUCUGAACAGUGGGCUUGUGGUCCCUGGGGCUCCCCCAGGUCACCACUCCGGACAGACAUCCACAGGCUUUCAGCCAAGUCGAAUGGAAAGCAGCACCAAGACCUCCUUGCUGCCAGAGGCUCCACAUGAUGUGGUUGCCUCCCUGACUUUGCUGAGAUCAUUCCUGGUCCUGUGGAAGCAACUGGAAGUACUCAAGGAGCACUGGGGCCAACUGCAGCUGCAAGGCGGGGACGUGAACUCCAUCUCCCUCUACAAGCAGUUGUCGGAGCUCUAUGAAACUGCCAUUCUCUGCCCCAGCAUGAAAGCCAUAGCUAAGCAGAUGGGGAAGGAAGAUGAAUUUGAGGGACUUACCAUCAACUGUCGGUCUGUAUUUCCCCCUCAAGGAGCCUCAGAAAUGGAAAUAAAAACUCAGCAGCUUCAGAAACUUCUGGAAGAUUUUGAAAUUCACAUGAUCCAGGAGGUAUUAAGAAAAGUUAACAGAGAAAUGACACUGGUUUUGUCUGAGAAGUCCAAGAAAGAAUGCACUCUCCCUACAGAUCUCUGGAAACACCAAGGCAUGACAGACAACUUUCCCAUCUCCAGCCCACAAAUAGUUGAAAAAUUUGUACAGCGAUGAAUGGAGAACUGCGAAGACAGUGGGCCAGAGAUCACGUUCAGAAAGGACCAUCUCAAGGCCUGCCUCCUUUCCCUGGGUUGUGACGUGAUGGCGAGAGAGCGCAGCAGCUUCGAGACCUACUCCAUGUGCUACGAGCAGCUGCUACAGCACGCGAGGCAGAGGCUGCGCCAGAAGGAACAGGAGUUAGAUGUCCUGCAGAGAAGACAACAUCCACCCAAAGACAGCGCUGCUCAGCUGGCUGAGCUCAGUCAUGAGAUCAUCAUGGAACUCACUGCUCCGAGAGCCCAACUCACUGACAUGGAAGAAGAGGAUCUGAAUCUCAAUACACAGAUUAGAAAAGAAGUCCAGGAAGAGUACGGAGCCUUAGUCCAUGCUUUGUUUGUGACCUGUUUACACAUCAAAGAGACACUGGAUGAGAAUCAGUUUCAUCUGAUCCAGGAAGUAUACAAGCUCAUCAGCCAAGUGAGAGCAGAAGGGAUCGACAAGCUGAAGGAACUCAAGAAAAAAUGGGGUUCCACCGGGACAGAUGAAGGCAUAAAAGAGAAUGCAGCCCAAGAGCAGCUGCUAGCCUCUGAGCAGGACAACUGCCGCUUGGCCACCUUGAGCCUGGGUCGCUGGAGGCUGGCUGGGCAGCAGGCGCGCUUCCAGGGCCAGCUGAGCCGGGCGGAGAAGGAAUCUGUGCAAAGUAAGAAAGAGUAGUGUCUGAACAUCAAACUGAUGGCAGAAAAAGAAGCAGCUUUAUUUCGUCAGGAGUUACUGGGUCUCAGGCAGGCCCUGGCCAGGGCUCAGGAUGACAACGCCAGGAUGUGCAAACAGCAGAACAAGCAGGCUCGCUUGCUGAAGGAGCUGGAACACAGAGUGACCCAAGAAGCUCUCAGUCGGCAGCAGCUAGAGACCACCACAAAAGCCGGCAGCAUGCAGAAGCUCCUGGAAGACGUAGGGCGCAAGGAACAGCAGGUGCAGCUUCUCACCCACGAGGCAGAGAGGACCCGGAGACUGGGCCAGCUGCAGCAGAAGGAGAUGAAGCAAGAACUCUACCAGGUGAGAAGUGCGCUGGCCCUGGAGUGCAGUGUGAAACUGGAAGCCUUCCAGCGUGUGGAGGAGCUGCGAAGCCAGCUUCAGGACGCCCUGCUGGGCUCAGCACCAGGCCUUCUAUCCCAGGCUCAUGGCUCACUGUGCUUUGCUUCUAUGUCAUCCAGACACUCCCAGCUCCGUGUUUUAAAGACAAAUCUUACAGACAAUCAGAUAACAAGAAGGGUACAGAGGCCCAAGACUGUGCCUGUCAAACAUCGAAAAAGGAUUGAUGAUAUUGUCUAACCCAAUGUGGCAGAAAAUGUUCCACUUACAACUGUUUAAGUUCAAAC